AUGGCUGACUGCAGCCUGGCACUAGGACUGUGGCUCCUGCUGCUUCUCCAGGAUAUCCACACAGCCCCACAGACAUCAUUAACCCCAUCUCAUUUGUGUGAUACACUUCUGAAUUGGUUCUAUGAUGAAACUUCAAGAAGCUGCUGUUACCAGUGUCCCUCAGGCUAUGUUAAGAAGAAAGCAUGUCCUAGGGACCCAGGUGAAGACUGCAUAAGGUGUGGACCUGAACAAUAUGUGAAUGAAGCAUUUAGAAAGCCAAGAUGUGAUGCUUGUGUAUCAUGCACAAAAGAGUCUGACCUCGUGGAGAAAGAGCCCUGCUCCUUCAAUUCUAGCCGUGUGUGUGAGUGCCGACCAGGCCUGUUCUGCCAGACCCCUGUUCUGAACACCUGCAUAAGAUGCCAGCAGCACACUUUCUGCAAGCCUGGUUUUGGGGUCAAAGUCAGAGGCACCUCAACAAAUGAUGUUACUUGUGAAGAGUGCCCUUCUGGGACCUUCUCUGAUCAAAAUUCCAGCACUGACAUCUGCAAGCCUCACACAAACUGUGCCAUGUUAAACAAAGUCGUGUUAAGCAAAGGCAAUGCAACACACGACCAGGUUUGCCUGGACCAAUCGCCCACCUACCCUACCCUAAACACAUUGUCCAUGAGGUUCAACAAUGAAACAAAUAACUCUGACCUAAAAAGGGUUGAAGAGAGACUGGUGACCAUCACUGGUAUCCUUUUAAGUGCCACAACAACUGAAAACCCCAGUACAACUGCUGAAGAGAAAGCUUGGGCUGGCACCUUUCCCAACUCAGUCAAGGGGGAGACAACAAUGGAAGGUCUAGUUCUCUGGGGAGUGGUUCUCUCUGUGAUUGUGCUACUUGUGGGUAUGCUGUCAUUUUGGAAAUGGAAAAUUUGCAAGCAGCAGAUCUUCAUCCUCAAAGGAAAGCCACAUCUGUAUUCCAUUCCUUCUUGUAAAUCCAGGCUCAAAUCUCAAGGUCAUGAUCUAGUGAACAAAUGUACACAGAUCAUACUGACUACUGACAGUGGUCCAGAAGAGAAGGAAUUAAUUGACAGAACUCUCCCUUUGGAAACCAACAAUAACUUGGUCUCCAGGACAGAAAAUGCACAUAGUCUUCCUCUGAGUCUGACUGAUGUGACACCAAGUAAUGGAAAUGCCGCAGAUUGCCUCAUUGAUUCUCGACUGAGAGACCACACAAAUAAUCGAAUUGAAAAAAUAUACAUCAUGAAAGCUGACACUGUUAUUGUGGGGUCCAUUUCAGAAGUGCCUAGUGGCAAGAACUGUACUGCUAGAGAAUGUGAAAGUAAUGUGGAUGCCCAGGAAAACAUGGAAGAGGAACUAGCAAUGCACUAUCCAGAGCAGGAAACAGAAUCUUUUCCAUGGAAUGAUGUCAUGGUUCCUGUGGAAGAGGAGGGAAAGGAAUUUCAUCACCCCACCACUGCCACUGAAAAGUGA